AUGGGAAGGCCUCUGUUUUUGUAUAUAUUUUUACUCUACUGGCAUUUCCUAAAUGCGUUAUUCACGGUUGAAGCUCCUCAAUCACUCUUCACUGUGGAACAGGGGCACAACGUGACCAUGGAAUGCACAUUUCCAGUGAACGGGAAAUUAGAGUUUAGAGAUUUAAGUGUCAGCUGGGAAAAGAAAGAUGAGUCAAAGACGGUUUAUGUACUUCACAGAGGAGAGGAAGACUUCACAAAUCAACACAUUGACUUUAGGGGAAGAAUAAAAUUGUUGAAAGAGAACUUGAACUUGGGACAGUCUCUCCUUCAGAUCACUGAUGUAAAGCUCAGAGAUGCAGGGGUUUACUGCUGUGUUAUUUUCUAUGGGGGAGCUGACUACAAGACAAUCCAUCUGAAAGUUAAGGCUCCUUAUAGAAUUAUAAACAAAGGAGUGGUGAGCACAGGACACAAUGAGUGGAAGCUGACAUGUCAGUCAGAAGGAUACCCAGAAGCUGAAGUGAUAUGGCAAAACAGAAACCAUGAAGAUUUGACUGAUAAGGCAAGCACAAGAUUUGAAACUGGAAGUGACCAGUUGUACCGUGUGACAAGUACCCUUACAAUCAAAAGUGGGAUUGAUGAGAUUUUUUACUGUAUAUUCUGGAAUAAAGAGCUGCAAGAAAAUACAUCUACCAUUUUACACAUAGCAGAUUCAGCUGACGGCAUUCUCCAGACUGAGAGCAGACGCUCUGUUGGAGCAGCUCUCAUUGCUACUGCUUUUAUUGGAUCAGGGCUUCUAUUUCUGCUGUGCAUAAGAAAAGCUAGAGCAAAUAAGGGCAACAGAGCACCUGUGGCGAGUUCAUCAAUAGCAAAGCUUUCAAAAUAUAAGGAUACACAUGACUGCAGAGAUGAUGCUUUUGAAGACAGAGAGCUGAAGUGUAAGUAUAAAUGA